UGUCGUUUGACCCGCCUCUGGAUUCAGACAGGCUCUUCCUCCUCCUUGCCUUACUGUCGGGUCGUACAACGAACCGAACGGACGGGUACACGUAGGCCCAUCGGAGGACGUCGCUUUGGAUAUGGGCAAAGGUGGAAGGUUUACACACCCAAGCCCCCCCAAGACGAUCGAUCGAUCGCGCGCUCGAGAUGGUCGAGGUGUGUCAGGUCAGCCGCGCAGGAGCGAGAAUGGCAUUGUGUGCGCCCUAGCGACCGCGACCGCGACCACAUCCACCGUCUUGGGUUCCUCCCUGCCAAAAGCUCCUCCUCUCGCCAUACAAGAUUUCCACGUACGGACCUACCGCUCUUCUCUCUCUCUCUCUCUCUCUCUCUCUCUCUCUCUCAUCACAUCGGAGCGCUCGAGACGGGUGUUCUUCGAAUCGAUCACACCGCGUGAAGCCAUCCACGUCGAGCACGUCUCUCGACCUCGACCUCGUCACUGUCAGCACCGGAGAAGAAGAAGAAGAAGAGCCUACGAGUGUCUAUGGAGAACGCCAAUGCGUGAGUUUGGUUGGUUGGUUGAUUAGUUAGCAUCACGCACUCUCUCUUCUCUUUCUCCUUCUCUUUCUGCCGACACUGGGUUGGAUUUAACAGACCCUUACCCAUGCACCCACUGGGACCUUGUGGCACACAUGGUGCUUCUUCUCUACUGUACUCUAGGGCAGACCAGCUACAGAGGGACUAGGUAGAUUUGCAAAUUUCACUAUUUUCAGUGACUGUAUGGCCACUGUUCUGGCACCAUAACUAUUGCUAAUAAUC